AGUGCCAUUUCAAAGACUGGCCGUCCAGUAGAGUUCUUCCAAGCACCAUGCCAGCCAAACCAGCACCCAUCAAAAAGUCGGCCAAGAAGGCUGCAGAGAAACCCGCAGAACCGGAGCUCGCACCUGACGCUCCCCCGGCAGAAGCACCUCCUGCUGAGGCAUCUCCAACCGGAGCAGCUCCGGCAGAAACUGUCCCGUCUGUGGAUGCUCCUGCGCCUGAAGCUGCUACUGCUGCUGUUGAAGCUCCUGUUGUAGAAGAGGGUGCUGCAGCUGAGGCUCCUACAACUGGCCAUGCAGAGAAUGCUGCUCCACCCACUGAUGCUCCAGCUGAGGCUGCUCCUGCUGAGGCUGCACCAGUAGAGGAGCCACCUAAACCACCAACACCUCCACCUCCAGCAGUACCCACCAGUGCUCCUCAGAGCCUCACAGUAGAAGAUGUCAACGAUACCUCAGUCACUCUUAAAUGGAGAUCCCCGGAGACCAUUGGAGACUCUGGACUGGAUGGAUAUACCGUGGAAUACUGCAAGGAAGGAUCUUCUGAAUGGGUGGUCGCCAACACUGAGCUCACCACAUCCAACCGCUUCGUCAUCAAGGACCUGACAGCCGGAGACGUGCUAAACAUCCGAGUGGUGGCUGUUAAUGCCGGAGGUUGCAGUGAGCCCGCCACCCUGGCUGAGUCUGUUCCCGUCCGGGAGAUUGUGGAUCGUCCCAGAAUCCGCAUGCCCCGCUUCCUGAGGUCAAGAUACGUCAAGCAAGUUGGAGAACAGAUCAACCUUGUCAUUCCCUUCUGUGGUAAACCUAAACCUGUGAUAUCAUGGACUAAAGAUGGCCAGCCUUUGGAUACAAAAAAGGUAAAUAUCCGCAACAGCGACAAGGAUAGCAUCCUGUUUAUCCGCAAGGCCGAGAGGGAGGACUCGGGCAACUACGAGAUAAGUGUGAAGGUCGACAGCUUCGAGGACAAGGCUCUCAUCAUAAUUCAGAUUGUCGAUCUGCCUGGUCCUCCAGCCUCAGUCAAGAUGGUUGACACCUGGGGCUUUAAUGCAGCUCUGGAAUGGACCCCUCCCAAAGACAAUGGCAACACUGAGAUCACUGGAUACACUAUUCAGAAGGCUGACAAGAAAACUGGAGAAUGGUUCACAGUUCUGGAACACUACCACAGGCUAAACGCUACAGUCUCUGACCUUAUUAUGGGAAAUGUGUAUACCUUUAGAGUUUUUGCUGAAAACAAGGUUGGGAUCAGUGAGGCUGCUGCUGUAACAAAAGAAGUUGCACAUAUUCAAAAAACAGUCCCGGCUGAGGUUGUUGUCUCCUGUCCUGUAGGUAUUGUCUACAAACCACCAGAGUACAAGGAGCACGAUUACAGUGAGGCUCCCAAGUUCACAGCAGCACUCAACGACAGAGCUGCCACUGUGGGCUACACCACUAAGCUACUGUGUGCAGUCCGGGGCAGUCCAAAGCCCAAGAUCGAGUGGCUGAAGAAUCAGAUGAUUAUAGGGGAUGAUCCCAAAUAUAGGCAGAUCAACAACCAGGGAGUGUGCUCACUUGAAAUCCGCAAACCAUGCAGCUUUGAUGGAGGUGUCUAUACUUGCAGGGCCAAGAAUGCCCUUGGUGAAGCUACAGUUGCCUGCAAGCUUGAGGUCAAACAGGUGAUCAUCCAGGAUGAUAAAGAGAAGAAAUAAACUGAUUUGCACAGAUGCUUACAGUGGUGCUGAAAGAUGAGUUGAAGUGUGUACCAUAAUCUUAGGCACAACCUUGCCUCUGUGAUCACUUCUUUUUUUUUCUUUUUCUUUUCUCUCCAAUUUGGAAUGCCCAAUUCCCAAUGCGCUCUAAGUCCUCGUGGUGGCGUAGUGACUCGCCUCAAUCCGGGUGGCGGAGGACGAAUCUCAGUUGCCUUCACAUCUGAGACCGUCAAUCCGCGCAUCUUAUCACGUGGCUUGUUGAGCGUGUUACCGUGGAGACGUAGUGUGUGUGGAGGCCCACGCUGUUCUCUGCGGCAUCCGUGCACAACUCACCACACGCCCAACCGAGAGCGAGAAUCACACAUUAUAGCACCCACGAGGAGGUUACCCCAUGUGACUCUACCCUCCUUAGCAACCGGGCCAAUUUGGUUGCUUAGGAGACCUGUCUGGAGUCACUCAGCAUGCCCUGGAUUCGAACCCGUGACCCCAGGGGUGGUAGCCAGCAUCAAUAAACGCUGAGCUACCCAGGCCCCAUCUGUGAUCACUUCUAAUAAAAUAUAAGAAAUAGAGUUACCAACUUGGUAACUAUAAAAUAAUUCAGAGUUACUAUUUUUUUUUUUUUUUUUGAUCAAAAGCCACAAUACAAUAAGGGCAAAGAGGAGUGAGCAAGCCUAUAUAUCAUUUUUUAUUUCUUGCAUGUAUUUUAAAUGUCACAUUACUUAUUGGUACCUAUUUUUUUUCUUUCUUAGUCUGUCUUGUUAUUGGGUGUUUUCAAUAAAAGAAUAAACCCACUAUUUUAUUUAUUUAUUUAUUUUUUUUUUGUUUUUUGCAAUUGUAUAUACUACUGCACAAAUGGUUACUACAGGGUGUAGGCUCUGAUUUAUAACAUUUUAGAUUUGAUCCUUGGAAGUGCUCUUGUGCUUGCAGUAAAAAAAUAAAUAAAUAAAUAAAAAUAUCUGUGACAAUUUUUGUUUUCAU